AUACAGAGCGCGCUUUUCCCCGGUCGACUCGACCGAACGCGCUACCUUACAAGACGAUCGAGCAAUUGGUAAAACACCCAGUCCAUCGCUGCUCCUCAUCCAGGAAAGUUCUCGCGCUCCUCUCAACCGAUUGCAAUUGCAGUUCGUCGCGAACAACGCCAUCCAGAAACGACGCACAUCAUCAUCGCCAUGGAGAAAGGUUCCAAUUCGAUAAACGGUCAAAUUAGUUUCGCGAACAUUUCUCAUUAGCCGGAGUGCACUCGCUCGCUCGCGAUAUCAAACGAAGAUCACUCCCGUUGAAGGCAGUUGUGUUUAGUGUUUUAUAGCACCCUCCCUUGGAAGGGAAUAAUGUGGACUUGGAUGCGGUUCGGUAGAUCUGGCUCUCUUUCGUCUCAUUACGGCACGCUCGCUAACUGACUGCGAUUGGCUCGAACGUGCGUUUUUUUUAUCGCUCGCUCCCUGCUGCAUUAUCAGAACCCAACUCCGAGCCGGCUCUUGUGUGUUGGUUCCAAAUCGUCGCGUCGCCGUCGGUGCAACUGCAGACGGACAUCAGUCAGAACAGAACCAGACUUCCACGGCUGCUACAUACCUUGCUGGCUGGCCUGGAAACAGUGAAGAAGCUCCACUUCGCGUGGAAUGGUGAUAACGGAGAGUGUGAUUCGCCCCAAAGUUUUGAAGACCUGUGAACUAUCCGUAUCUGUUGUGUGAGUUGUGUGCGCGGUUCAAUUGCGGUGCGGUAAACAAGAUCUUCUUCGGGAGGAAGGAAAAAUGUCGUCACUGAUGGACAAAAGCAAGCUGCCGGGGGUGGAGGCACGCUCCAAGAUGUUCCUGCGGAGUAAUUCGUUCCAGAAGCUAUGCUCACUGGCCCAUCCCAUGAGGCUGAAAGGUUUCAAAUCCAACAAGGAAGCCCUCAAGUCGGUGUUUGAAUCGCUUAUCGUCACGACACGUGGCGUCCUCCAGUCGGUCACGUACAGAAUACUGUGCUUUCUGUUCCUGACGCCGUUCAGCAAGCUGGUGAGCGAACCGCUCGCCUCGGUUUCCCAGGAUGGGCGGUUCAAAACCGUGCGGUUAUUCCUGAAGCUGACCCUGUCGAUGAUCAUCUCCACCGACAAAUCGGAAUGUGAUAACGGACGCUUCGACUGUCCGACGGAGGAUGAAUCGGCCCAGCAGCGUUUGGCUGACUGCGUAGACACCGGCGUUCAGACUGAUGAUCCUUCGGAGUCUUCCGAAUGUGAAGACUUCGCAGAGGAUCAGUUCUUUGACUGCAGGGAAGAUUUCAACGAGACCGCUUCUGUGAAGCCAUCUACCGAGGAGCUGUUGAACAGAUUGCUGGAUACUUCGCAAGAUGCAACAUCUACAAGCAGCCAACUGUCCCUGCGACUUACCGUGUACACCUGCAUACUGGGCUGCUUCCUUCAGUUAUCAGCACUCGCCUACCUACUUAACGUGGCCACGAGCAUUCCGCCAGGGCUGGUGUUUUUGAUUUCGUCGCUCGUCUUCAUCGGAUACGUGAUGAUGAGGAUCUCGUUCAACCAAUGCUCCUCUUUGGAAAGGGGUAAGACGGAACCGAUGCACACUAAAGGCUCGAAAGCAUCGACGACCACGACUUCAACGGCGGUUGCCCUAGUAAAGCCUCCCCACAAAAAGCCAACCACAGCCACCAAAGGAAUUCAUCCCAUUUUGGACGCGGUGAGCAAACAAGUGGCUUCGCUGUUGCAGAGCAAGAAGAUGAUGAUGGUGAUCCCUACCGGUAGUGGUAGGUUGAGCCGUUGCGACAUGGCACCCCGGAGCAGAAGCAGGCCUUCUGUACUUUCCGCGGAUGAUAAGACCAUCAGCAAAAUAAAACUCUUUUGAUGGGGCUGCAGGUGGGCGGACCACCGGAACGCUGUGUGCUAGCAAGGCUUCCAUCGGUGCACGUACACGAUGAUGGGAGACACUUUCAAUGCCAAAAAUUCGGAAACCAAGUUCCGUGCGAAAAGCAGACACCUCUCCAUAUCCAAACAGCUAUUAUCAUACCAGUUUGGGGGCCAAAAGGUUUCUACGAUGAUUGAAUGACUGGUUCGAAACAUAAUUUUUUGUAAAGCAUACACUUCUAAUGACUGAAGCAGAGACAACCCCUUACAAUUUCACACAUAAUUUCUAUGGUUGCAUUCAGCAGACAGCCUCACCAUUACGGACCGAACAUGAAACCAAUAUUGAGAGCGGUCUUUUGCCACCGCGCUUCAGAAUGUCACUACACUGCAACCGUAAUGUGGCAUUAGAGACCCCCGUUGCUCCCCUUAGCUCUACUCCCACGGAAAAGUGUAAUUCAGCGGAAAUAUUGUCAUGUAGAAAAUAAUAUCAUAAAUCGAACCCCUCACUCCUUCGUAGCACCCGCCUUAGCUCGAAACCCCACUGAUUGGAUGCACGUUUGUUGAAUAAAAAAUGACUACUAGAAAAAAAAAAACCUCACUCCCCCCAAACUCAGAUAUCGAGAGGCCAUCCAGAGAGGUGGGGGUCAACAGUUCGGGGCGGUGCAGCUACAUAUCCAUCCAUCCCCGGUGGAGUCAGACAGGCGAGGCAGGGAUAUGCCGAUGCACGCCAUUCAUCAAAGCCGCGCUGCCGUUCGGGGAGACAAUGUAGCGCAAUCGAUGGACUUUUAUGUAUGCCGAUCGUGCAAUUGGAUUUGUUUGUUUUGAAUUGUCCUUUUUUAUUGCCGUGUCAUUCAAGCUAUCGGGCGUGUAAUGGGGCUUUUGACGGGGAGAUCAUGUUUCGGAUCGUGUUGGGGAGACUCCGAUGAUAGGUGUUUGGAUGAGAAGUGUCACAGUUUAGUUUGGUAUCUUCAUUUUGGGUUUCGGAUUGAAAUGUGCACGUGAUGUAAUAUAUACGUAAAUAAGUGUCCUUGUGAUGCACAUACAUUAUUAGAAGACUUAGCAGAACGAUGGUUUCGAAUUUGUGUCGAAUAUUGUAAUGUAACUAUUAUUAUUAUUCAUUAAAACCAAAUGAUAAACAAAAUAUACACUAUUUAUGUAAGUAUUUGUAGAAUAA